GCAGGUAUUGAGUGAUCGUCCACGUGUACCUGCCAGCGAUGAACAGCACGUGAUUGCAACGUCAUACCGUACCGUCUGUCGGGAUAUACUGUAGUCGGUUUCAUCAGCGGAACUCUCUUCUACUCUCAAACGUUUCUCCUUUCCUCUUUCCGUUACCCGUGGGACUGAACCCUAUCAAAGGAUCAAAGAGAAGGGGCGAACAUUACUCUUGUGCUGUUUUGUCACGCGGGGGGGUACACAUCUAGAUGUGUAUAAGAGACAGGUGUGUGUGUGUGUGUGUGAGAGAGAGAGAGAGAGAGGGAGAGAGAGAGAGAGAGAGAGAGAGAGAGAGAAGAGGGAGGAAGAGAAAAGGAGGUAAUAGGUUUGGUAGAGAGGUAGAGAAGAAGAAGGGAAAGAGAUGGGGAUGGGAUUGGGAAAGUCGUUGGACCGCGUCGGGCACAAAGGGGAAACUCGGAUUCUGAUGUUGGGUUUGGAUUACGCGGGGAAAACGACAAUUCUUUACAAGUUGAAAUUGGGCAAAAUUGUGACGGUGGUCCCCACCAUGGGGUUCAAUGUGGAAUCGGUGGAGUACAAGAAUCUCCGUUUCACUGUGUGGGAUUGCGGAGGUGGUACUAGUGUUUAUCCCCUUUGGAAGCAGUAUUUUCCGGGCACUCAGGGUUUCAUCUUUGUCGUCGACAGCAACGAUAAACGUCCUGGUCGAAUUCAAGAGGCCCGCGACAUGCUCUACCUUCUGAUGGAGGAGGAGGACUUUCGGGACGUGGCUCUUCUCGUCUUCGCGAACAAGCAGGACAUCCCGGAUGCAAUGAGUCCCACGGAAAUUGCAGAGAAGUUAGGUCUCCACACCCUUCCCAAGUUGCAGUGGCACGUGCAGAGCACCUCAGCCACCACCGGCGAAGGCCUCUGCGACGGCCUUGAUUGGUUAUCGAAACACGUGGCUGCUCUGCCGAGCAAACACGUGGCAGCACUGUCGAGCAAGCGUCGUUCUUCCAAAUCUGCAUCUCCACCAUCGCCGCCGGAAUGAGGAUCGCCCGGAUCUACCGAGUCUUUCCAGUUUCGUGGAGAACACAUGCAGAUAGGAUGAUGAUAUUUCUGGGUAGUUUGAGUCUCGACCAUGCAGUGGCUGAAGAGUGUCUUAAACCAACAGUACAACCGGGCCUAGUGUGUGCCGAGCUUUUCCGUACUGCCAGCGGCGCAUACUCCUUUUCUUUUUUGGCUGGGGCCGCCAGCCAUUGUGGCCCGAUAGGCCCAACCCCCGCGGAAUUUUCGGAGUAGGUGACAAACAUUUUUCUGCAAGGGCAUCGCUGAGAGGCAAGAAGAGAGACUGGAGUAUUAUUAUCAUCGAUCGUUUUGGCGCCGGCCAUCGCUAAGGAAACCGGAACCCCUUCGGACUCGAGGAACUUUCACUGUACUGGCGCAGAACUUUCCUUGCUUCAUUUUUUUGAAGCCAGGACAGAGACUUAUCUGUUAGCUGCGAUUCAGGCAAUGCAGCUGCCCCUUCGUACGCGCAAGCUGAGGUCUAAAAACAUCAUGAUCACUGACUCUGUUAGGAAAAUGCUUCUUGACUCUAUCUUAUUUGACAGCUCAUCUUGUUAUGGACUGGCGCUGUUUUUUUUUUCCUUUUUUUUUUCGAGGGGGGGGGGGGGUCCUUGAAAGGGCCUGAAUUGUAUAUUAAUCAAUGAUUACUGUGCCACAUCAACUGGUGUGUGAGAGCCGAGAGAAAUAAUUAGGCGCAAGUCCACCUGCUUGGGGUGAUAACUGUUUGAAUCCUUUGACGGUGGGGGCCCACAUAACAAGGGAUUCCAAUUCCCUGGUUUAUGUAAAUGAUAAUAACCAAGUGUUUUUUCUUUUUUUGGAAAUGGCAGAGGCAUCAUAUACGCCUUAAUAAAUGCAUUACCCAAAA